CUCGUUCCCGGAGCCAAAUCUUCUGGGUCUGUUCUUCUCGCACCUUCCGCCUCAGAUUGGUUCCAAUUCGGCACUGCAAUUUCACGUCUCUUCGAUCCCGUUUAGCGAGUGGCCGCAUCCGAUCAAGGAUUUCACCAAGUAAUUAGUAAUCGCUAAUCGAUCGCUAAUCCCCGUUGCACCCAACAUCUACAUCGUUGUUGGGUUUUCUUGGGCUACUGUAAUUUAGGUGCUCUGUUGCAUGGAAUUGGCCGGUUUUUAGGGUUGUCUGCUUGGAAUUUGCCUUCUUCUAGGGUUAGUUGUUUGUAACCGUGGAGCAGGUUUUCAAUUGGGGAUCAAUCGUGAAUUGAGAUAUUUUGGUGGUUUUUUGUGUGGGUUACGAGGUGAAUUGGCGCUUUUGCUGUACUCUUAUUGUGAAUUGCAUGAGUAGGGGUUGAGUGGCUAUCGGUCAUGGAUGUGAGGUUAAGUAGGAUGAGCGAUGGGAGUGAAGGAGACUCACGGGAAGGAUUCGGGAAUGGCGAGAGCAUCGGGUUUUCGAGGAAGUUUGAUCCGAAUGAUCCUUGUACUUACAGUACUAUUAGGAAGUACAAGUGUUUCUUGGAAGGGAAUGAUUCUUCAGGGAAUGCAGUGCAAAAGUGUGAGCGGACGGAGCAGUUGCUGAGGAGAUGUCCUGGCAGACCUGUUGAAGUUGUGAAAUCUGAAACUGAGUAUACGGAAGGUGAUGCGGCGACUGGGAGCACAAACUUUUGGAUCGAAGGCAGCGACAGGUCUCUUCCGCUACCAGGACUACAUAGUGAUGUUGAGCAGGAUCCUCGGAGUAUUUUGCCUAGGCCUUUCACAGAAUCGGAUUGGCCUCGGUCUUUGACGCAGAGGGAUGAACGUCAGCGUUCUCCUGCGGUACCUGGAGGUUUUACUGGAUUCGGAGGAAUAAUGAACGCUAUCGAGGAUGUGAUGAGAGAGACGGAGGACAUGGCUCACAGUUUUCUCCAUGUGUUUGGGCUUGAUGGAGACGAGACAGAUCGAUCGGGCAAUCCUUUCGAUCGGUGGUUUGGAGGUGGUGACGUAUUCGGUGAUUCCGAAAAGAGAGCGCCGCGAAGAUCUGAGCCUGAUGGUGUUCAUCACCCGGCACAGUCAUCCAAGCCAGAUAUUUUUGAUGGUAGAGAUUUUCGCGAAGUUUAACGUGAAACGAAGUACACCUUCUGCAAUUAGAUGGGAUGCACUGAGCAGGAGAAGUAGAUUACAGCCGUUUUGGCGGACUUUUAACGAAAGGGAUGUAGAGGUGGCGGAGGAUUCUAUGCUGCAAUUUAUCGUCUAAUGAGAUUGCUCGCUGCGAUUUAUUUUAAAAUUUUUUGUUGAAUAAGUUGUUUGGGUGAUA